AUGAACAAGAAACAUCUUUAACUAAAAUAAAUAACUUCAGAUCUUGAAAGCGAGAACAGAAAAUAAGAUUAUAAGAGAUUGUCGUCUGAAAUCGAAUAGAUGCUAUCAUCUCCUGAAAUCAAGAAGUUCGAAGCCUUUCUAAUUGAAUCACUGACUUUUAAACAAAGACUUUCAGAGAAAUUUUCAUAAUUUACUCCAAUAACGUUAAAAUAAACAUCAUUUUAAUGUGAAGAUGAUCUUAGAUGGAAUCGCUCAGAAGGAAUAUGA